GUACGGGCCAUCCUCCGCUGGAGUCCCAGCUGGCCCCCGCCGGCGCCGCGCACCCCAGGACCAAGCGGUGUUCCUGCAACAGCUGGCUGGAUAAGGAGUGCAUCUACUUCUGUCACCUGGAUAUCAUCUGGGUCAACACACCUGGACACACCGCUCCCUACGGCUUGGGAAGCCCGCCAAGGCGGCGCAAGAGAUCACUGGGCAGGUGCGAGUGCUCGCACUCGAGGGACAGCGUCUGUGCCACCUUCUGCCAAGCCAAGCCUGGGUACCUCCAGAGUCUGAAGCUCCCAGCGAGCUCGGGAGCAUCAGUGAAGUCUCCGCAGAGCGGUGACAUGAGGCCGUCCCACCAUGGCCUGCUGAGAGCUCUCAGGGAUCUUGCCGUCUCCAGCCCGCGGUUGGGCAAGCAUCAGCACCAUUCUCGGAGGAACGCUCAACCGACAGUUUUGCCUUGGAAGAAAAACAUCUGGAAGAAGAAGAGAUAA